ACACACACUCACACAAAAGAGGGAACAGAAAUCACAGCAUAAAUAGAUGCACUUGAACUGAGAAGAACCCACCAGGCUCUGUGACCUGGGUGCAGCCUGAAGCUCUCGUAACCAUCUGCAGCAUUUCUGGUGUACACAAAGUACAGGAUCCACUUGGUCAUAAGAUUCUUGUCUUUUGUGCAGAUGUGUUGCAGUGUAAACACGAAAACCAUUUUUUUUAACAAUAGCGGAGAGGCAAGGAACUUGCCAUUGUCAAAGCACUUAGUAUGUCCUGUGGCUUCUUUAAGACAUUUGGCAUGGAGGAGAUGUACUUAGCACAAAUCCUCUCUGUGAAGCAUGAAGAGCUUUUUCAACUAGGAUGGAAAAGAUCUUCUGGAGAACCACUGGAACAGCAGAGAUAGAAGCGCAGCAGCCGGCUCAGAGACAAUUGCCCACACAGAUACAGAUACACACACAUACAUACACACACGGGAGGACCAAAAUCGGGCAAAGGUAGCAGCAGCGCGGCGGGCGGGGGGAGCAGGGAGUGUACAGGAGUGUGCAGAAUGUUACUGACUUGGAGAGGAGGAGGAGGAGGGAGAGAUGUCCCUUUGCUCCACACAGGAGCACGGAUGUUGAAGAGAGGCAGGUAACUAGGUAAAUACGGAGCAGGAAGAGGCUCUGCCGGCAUGGCUGGCGAAAGGCGGGAGGCGGCACACCUCUCCCUCUCACUCCCCCAUCCCGGUUUACUAACCCAACACACUGAAAACCUCCGAGUUCGUUAAGACAACCUAAAAGUACGUAAAGGAGAAAGGGCGCGAUCACAUUUUUCGUGGCGGGAAGGGGAGGAAUUAAACCCAGAAACCCCGCUUGAAAGUGCCCUGAAAAAGGAGGGGGGCGUUGAUUUAAAGUUGCGUUUUAGUCAUUUGUGUGAGUGUGCGUAAAUGUGCCCCCCCUUCCCCUUCCCGGCGGCACACCGGCGACCAGCAGGGGCUGGGGGAGGAGCCGCCCCCUCCCGCUCCCAUUCCCCGUUUUCCCCAACGGGUCCCUCCCGCCCUCUUCCAGGUCCCCCCCCAUCCCCUUCCUCCCCCCUCCUCGGCGCGCCGGGCUGUCCCCGGGCUGAUUGGCUGGACGGGGCUCAGCACACGCCGGGUAAAAGCUUUGUCUGGGGAGUUGGAGCGAAGUUGCGGAGGAUUUUUAGGCUGCAGCCGGCGAGGGAGGGUGCUGAGUGCGGCGCGAGUGGGGAGGGGAGAGGAGGGAAGUAAAGAGCGGGGAGGCGCCGGGCGGGCGGUGGAUCCCGCGGCGCGUCCCGCGGGCUUCCCGGCGUUCUUGGAUGCUCACGGUGGAAGAGGAGCCCGCUGCCUCCACGACACGUUCCGUCCUGGAAGAGGAGCGGGGAGUCAAAUGAGAACGCGUGGAUUGCAUACGGCUUGUACCUGGAUGUCCUGGCGCGGUGUGUAUAUAGAAAAAUAUCCCAAACUUUUCUGAUCUGGUGAGAUAUUAAUCCUUGGCUGAGCAGAAAAGGCGUUUUCAAGUUUGGAAGGACCAGAUGUGCGCAGGGCUUAAGGUACGGAAGGCAGCCGCGAUAAUUGCUUUUUAACUUGCUUGGAGAAAUGAAUUGCAAAAACUUACAAAUGCGCCGAGUCGGCGGUAAAAUGCACUUUAUAUUCAUUUUUGCACUGAUGAUAAUAUCUUUCAAUAAGGCUGUGCUGGGCAAGAAUUUGAAAUACAGGAUUUAUGAGGAGCAGAGAAUCGGAUCGGUAAUUGCAAGACUGUCGGAGGAUGUAGCUGAUGUUUUAUUAAAAAUGCCUAACCCUUCCUCGGUGCGAUUUCGAGCCAUGCAAAGGGGGAAUUCUCCCUUGCUUGUAGUCCGUGAGGAUAACGGAGAGAUCAGCAUAGGAGCUAAAAUUGAUCGGGAGCAACUCUGCCAGAAAAACUUAAACUGCUCCAUAGAGUUUGAUGUGAUCACUCUGCCCACUGAACAUCUGCAGCUAUUCCAUGUUGAAGUUGAAGUGCUGGAUAUUAAUGACAACUCUCCCCAGUUUUCCAGAGCUCUUAUCCCUAUCGAGAUAUCAGAGAGUGCAGCAGUGGGAACACGGAUCCCUUUGGACAGCGCUUUUGAUCCAGAUGUAGGGGACAACUCACUGCACACUUACUCCCUUUCUGCAAAUGAUUUUUUUACUAUUGAGGUGAGAACCAGGACUGAUGGUGCCAAGUAUGCGGAGCUGAUUGUGGUUAGAGAGCUGGACCGGGAGUUGAAGUCAAGUUACGAACUCCAGCUCACUGCCUCAGAUAAAGGGGUGCCUCAGAGGUCUGGCUCAUCCCUCCUGAAAAUAAGCAUUUCUGAUUCCAAUGACAACAGCCCUGUUUUUGAGCAACAGUCAUAUGUAAUCCAGCUCCUAGAAAAUUCUCCGGUUGGGACUUUGCUCAUAGACCUCAAUGCCACUGAUCCAGACGAGGGCGCUAACGGUAAAGUGGUCUACUCCUUUAGUAGUCAUGUGUCUGCCAAAAUUAUAGAGACUUUUAAUAUAGAUCCAGAAAAAGGACACCUAACCCUCCUGAAGCAAGUGGACUAUGAAGUAACCAAAUCCUAUGAAAUUGAUGCUCAGGCUCAGGAUCUGGGGCCAAAUUCCAUUCCAGCUCACUGCAAGAUUAUAAUUAAAGUUGUGGACGUGAAUGACAACAGACCCGAAAUUAACUUAAACCUGAUGUCUCCAGAGAAAGAGGAGGUAGCUUACAUUUCUGAAGGGUCACCUCUGGACACUUUUGUUGCCCUGGUCAGAGUGCAAGACAAGGACUCUGGUGUGAAUGGAGAGAUAAUUUGCAAGCUCCAUGGACAUGGUCACUUUAAACUCCAAAAGACUUAUGAAAAUAACUACUUAAUCUUGACUAAUGCCACUCUAGAUAGGGAAAAGAGAUCUGAAUACAGCUUGACUGUAAUAGCAGAGGACAAGGGAACGCCCAGUCUCUCCGCAGUGAAACACUUUACUGUCCAAAUCAGUGAUGAAAAUGACAACCCACCCCGCUUCCAGACAAACAGAUAUGAAGUUGUUAUCUUGGAAAAUAACUCUCCAGGAGCGUACAUUACAUCAGUCACAGCCACAGACCCAGAUCUAGGUGACAAUGGCCAGGUGACAUACACUAUUUUGGAGAGCUAUAUUUUAGGAAGCUCUAUAACCACCUAUGUGACCAUCGAUCCCUCCAAUGGAGCAAUCUAUGCCCUGAGAACCUUUGACCACGAGGAAGUAAAUCAAAUUGCCUUCAUGGUUCAAGCUAGGGAUGGAGGGAGUCAGCAGCUUGUUAGCAAUACCACGGUGGUACUAACCAUCAUUGAUGAAAAUGACAACGCUCCUGUCAUCGUGGGGCCAGCUCUACGCAACAGUACAGCAGAAAUCUCAAUCCCUAAAGAUGCUGGAAUUGGCUUUCUUGUCACCAGGAUAAGGGCUACAGACAGAGACUCUGGUAUGAACUCUGAACUCAGCUGCUCUAUAGUAGCUGACAAGGAAAACAGCAUCUUUGUGAUGGAUCCCAAAACCUGUGACAUAUCUAUCAAUGUGAGUGUUGAAUCAGUUCCAGCAAAACAAUGGGAGUUUUUUGUCAUAGUCCAGGAUAAGGGCAGUCCUCAGCUUAGUACAAAAGCACUUCUCAGAUGUACUGUUUUUGAGUAUGUCUAUUCAUUUGCAAGCACAGAAGCAACUUUGGUAAGCCAACCCUCCCUGGAUGUCUCCAUGAUAACAAUUAUAUCCUUGGGAUCCAUAUGUGCUGUGUUGUUGGUCAUUAUGGUCAUUUUUGCCACAAGAUGUAAUCGAGAAAAAAAGGACACCAGGUCCUACAACUGUCGUGUGGCAGAAUCGACCUACCAGCACCACCCAAAGCGACCCUCAAGACAGAUCCACAAAGGGGACAUUACGUUAGUGCCAACGGUUAAUGGCACUUUACCCAUCAGAUCUCACCACAGAGCUUCUCCAUCAUCAUCUCCGACUCUGGAGAGGGGACAAAUGAGCAGCCGGCAGAGCCACCACAGCCACCAAUCUCUCAACAGCCUGGUGACAAUUUCCUCUAACCACGUGCCUGAAAAUUUCUCACUGGAACUCACCCAUGCUACUCCUGCUGUUGAGCAGGUUUCCCAGCUUCUCUCAAUGCUUCACCAGGGCCAGUAUCAACCAAGGCCAAGUUUUAGAGGAAACAAGUAUUCCAGAAGCUACAGAUAUGCCCUGCAAGAUAUGGAUAAAUUCAGCUUGAAAGACAGUGGCCGAGGUGACAGUGAAGCGGGAGACAGUGAUUAUGAUUUGGGAAGAGAGUCUCCAAUUGACAGACUUCUUGGGGAAGGAUUCAGUGACCUUUUCCUUACAGAUGGGAGAAUUCCUGCAGCGAUGAGGCUGUGCACAGAGGAGUGCCGGGUUCUGGGGCACUCUGACCAGUGCUGGAUGCCCCCACUGCCCUCUCCCUCCUCUGAUUACAGAAGUAACAUGUUCAUCCCUGGGGAGGAGUUCCAGUCACCUCAGCUGCAGCAGCAGCAGCAGCAGCAGCAGGGCCUUGAGGAAGAUCCACAGCCUGCUGACAUGAGUGAGAAGAAGAAGAGCUUUUCAACAUUUGGUAAAGACUGCCAGAGCGAGGAGGAGUCGGGGGACAACUGCACCUCCUCUCUCCUCUCUGAAAUGAGCAGCGUCUUCCAGCGCCUGCUGCCUCCCUCCCUAGAUGCCUACACAGAGUGCAAUGAGAUGGAUCGCUCCAGCUCGCUGGAGCGCAGGAAGGGACAUUUGCCAGCCAAGACUGUGAAUUAUCCACAGGGGGUGGCAGCCUGGGCAGCCAGCACACAUUUCCAGAAUCCUGCCAACAACGGGCCCGCUCUGGGGACUCACUCGGGUGCGCAGCCUUCCUCCAAAUGGCUGCCAGCCAUGGAGGAGAUCCCAGAGAAUUACGAAGAAGAUGAUUUUGACAACAUGCUCAACCACCUCAGUGAUGGGAAACACGAACUCAUGGAUGCCAGUGAGCUGGUGGCAGAAAUUAACAAGCUGCUGCAAGAUGUGCGGCAGAACUAAUUGUUUCAAAAGCCUAUUUUUCCAUAUUUAUGGAAAACUGGAGAAAAAAAACAACAAACC